CAGGUGUUGCCGCCGCCCCGCCUUCUGAUGAUUUCUGAAUUCGUACUUGAAUAUUCGGGGUCGGUCGCCUGCUUCAAAGGUGCUACAAACUCUCAACUCUACGUUGGAAUGUCUCCUGCACUCGCCUCCCCGCCGCUCCCAAAGGUUCCAAGCUUCGUCAGUUGGCACAACCCCAUAUUGCGCGUUUGUGCAUUUCGUCCACGGACCUACGUCGUCUUGGUCGUCGGCCACGGGUGAUUAUGCACAUGGGUAUAGGGUUACCUUCACACUGAUGUGUGUUGGUGAGGAAUGACUGCCGGCUCCUCCUCCCAAGUCCCCCCUCCCCGUUCUGGCCCCCUCGGUCCGCUCGACCUUGGCUCAACAAGACAGACUUGGCGCCCAUUUCCCCAAAUGGAUUUCCUAUUGCGACUCUUCCCUUCUCUCAACCAAUCAGCUCCCACAUGGGACGAGGGACUCAGACCCCACCGCUGAACACCAUGUCACUGGCCAGUACUCGUGGUCUACACAUACUCGGCAGAGACUAUGAUGCCAUUGCCCAUGAGGAAAUGGUCCCAAGGUCCGAAGAAAGAAUAGAGUCGCUGCUGCCCUACGAUGGGCUCGAGGCUAGCCCGCUGAAGAGGUGAGAGUACAAGUGGUAUCGUACUGGCACCAAGACAUGUUCGAUACGCGGUUUUGGGAGGUCAUUACCGAUGUUAAAGCACCAGGAGGAUGAAAGCGUGGUGUCGCUACCCAACGUGACCGGAAACUGGUGGGAUUGACCCUUGUCACCUUGGUUUGGUCAUCGUCUUUCUUUUCCUCCCAACUCCCUCACCACGGCAUCCAAAACUCCCAUCCCCCUCGCCUGCGACUCAAGCUUUCCAUUACCUCCGAGCAUUCAUCAUCCCGUCAUUCUCCCUCUCCCCCCUCCGUCCAAGCCCCCUGCCUGCCAUCCAUCUCUGAGCAUCUUACCGUCUUCUCUUCUCUUCUCAACAUUCUCGACAGCAAGCAGAUCUCUUCCCAUAACUACUGGGAAAAUAAUCAAUUUACUGAAUAAUUCCAAUUGUCUCUCAAACUGUUGGCAUCUAGACCACUUCUACGGUCAAUUGAGAUCCUCGUGCUCCUGAUCUUGACGAUGUCGGCGUCCAUCAACAUGCCCAUCCACCCACCACCGCAUAACCAUGCCGGUGUCAGAUGCAGGCACGGCCAUGGAUACUUUGACGACGAGGGCAUGACGCCCAAGCAACGCUCAGAGGCCGAAAAAAGGGUCAUCGAGGAGCUCGGCGGCCUCUUCUGCGACUGCGGCAAGUUCUUCGCGGGGAAAUACGCGAAGACCAACCUCACCCGCCACCUCCGCGAACAAAACACCCGCUAUCUAUGCUUCUACUGCCAGAGCGAGUUCGCUCGUCCCGGAAACCUGCACAACCACCUGCUCGAGAAACAUCCGGGGCUGGAGUGUGCGCACUGCCGCACGGUUCCCCAGCCCGCCCCACGACGAUUCAAGUGUCCUGAAUGCCCGCGGACCUUCCACACCAUGGACGAUAUGCUCCGUCACCUGCACACCAAGCAUCGCCAUGAUCGCUAGUUACGAGAUGAGUUACGGCCGAAGCUGGACGACAGGCGUUGGAAUGCAAGCUUCGAGAUGAGAGAGAACUGGAGGCGGAUUCCAGGGAGAUGUGUGAAGCUACACCUGAGAUUCUCGACGAGUUGGUCUGCAUGAGAGAGGUUUUGAUGUUGGUUUUCCACCCCCGAGCAGUUUCCCACCAUCCCCAGGUGAUUAGAGAGAGGGGAUGACGAAGUUGUCCAGACGGCAACUUCGCAAGCUAUACUACUGUUUGAUACCCAUACUUUUAAAAUAUAUUUUCCACACCUG